AUGGAUGAUGGACCACCACCGCCGCCGCCUCAUGGCGAAAACCCGAAUACCACCGAGGGCGAAUACCGCAAGGCCUCCGACAUGCCGCCGGGCAACUACGAUAUCUUCAUCGUUCCACCUCACUCCGCCGGCUCCGGCUUCCUCUAUCUCCCAUCCUUGCAAUGCCACCAAAACAGCUUCAUCGCAGGUGUCGCAAGUACCCUGUUGGUGGUCUGCAUCUGGUCUAUGAUCGCGCCGUACGUCAAGACCUGGUACAUUAUGGCCACGAUGGCUGUGGGCAGCAAUAACAAUAUUGGCAUGGUAGUGGUUGCGCUUGGAGUUGGAGUGGCUGGCUGGGCUUUUGGCAUGUCCCAGAAUAACAGCAACAGCGGCAACGGCGGCAAGCGGUUCGGUGGUGGCUUUGGUGGCUUUGGGUCUUUCGGUGGAGGCUCUGAUGGACAGAAUUCCCAGGGCCAAUCUUCUGGAGGCAACUAUGGCAAUGGGCCUAGGCAGCAGCAGCAGCACCAACGUGGAGGUAACGGUGGAUCGGGUCAGCAACAACAUCAACAACAGCAACAACGCCAGCAAGGAGGAAAUUAUCGAGGCAACCAGUAUGCUCGACAGGAACAUGGUCCAGGACCAGACUCUGGAACUCCUCCCAAGCCUGACAACAACAAUCAUGGCCCAAACGGUGAUGAAUGGGAAAAGGCGCGAGAAGAGACGAAGCGCAAGGAGGAGCUGAAACGCAAGAUGGAAGAGUUCCGACGCAAGCGGGAGGCUGAAGCAAAAGAAAAGGAGAGAAAACGGGAACGAGAAGCGAUGGAAAAGGAGUUGAAAGAGCGCCGGGAACAGCUCGAGCGCGAGAUGGCCGCUGCUAGGGAGAAAGCAGAGAGAGAAGCCCGCGAAAAGGCAGAGAAAGAAGCCAGAGAGGCUCGGGAACGCGCUGAGAAGGAAGCUGCGGAAACUCGCGCAAAGCUAGAAAAGGCCGCCGCAGAAGCCAAAGCGGAAGCCGAGCGACGUGAAGCAGAAGCCAAGGAGAAAGCUGCGAAGGAAGCUGCAGAGAAAGCAGCAGCCGAAAAAGCCGCGGCGCAGAAGGAGGCCAUGGCCAAGUUUGCUGCACUCAAGGAAGCGGCAGCCAAGCGAUACGCUGAGAAGAAGGCUCAGGAGAGCAAGAAAGAGAAAGAGGCACCACCCAAGGCUGGAAGCGCAACCGGCACACCUCGAACUCCCUCGCCUAAGAAACCACCCUUUCCCACAGCCAAAACAACAAUCGAGGACGAUGCGUAUUCCUUUCGGCCCUACGACCGUCCGCGACGACCGUACGGGCAAGCAUCUGGGUCAUCCGCAUACUCCGAGUCUUCCUACGCUCCAUCUCAAUCGACAGCGCGAACUACACCUCCUCCAUCGCAUCGGGGCACUUAUUCCACCAAGGAUCCAGACAAGAUCGUGAUCCUGGGUGUAUACCAGUUCACCAACGCAUUCAUGAAAACACCCGUGGCCCAGCUAGUCUCUGGGCAGGGCAUGGUCACCGACGGACUCGUACUGCGAAUCACUACGGAAGGCCUCUUCGUCGACGACGACCUCCGUGGAGUCGGGCAACGAGAAUGGGACGUCAAAGCCUGGACCCUGAAAUUGACCGAGGUCUGGUGUCCCCAAAUGGGGACACCCCAGGGCCCAAAGCAACAACCCUCCACCAAUCCAUUCUCCUUCCGUCGAAGCGGCGCCGCACACUCAGUGCCCACCAACGAGGAAUCGGAUGCGUUCUCUGCCAAUCUUCUCAAGGUCUGCAAGAAUACUUGCCGCCUAGCCUCGCCGAGUGCUGGUGGUUUGCAUGUUCUCCGUGCUAGCUUGCGGGAUCAAGAGGGCAAGCGAUACGUUUUUGUCUUGCAGGAUACUGAGGCUUGGAAGGUUGCUAUUGGUCUUCAGCGGAUUCGUGGUGGCGCGCUCGUUCGUGCCUUGGGUGUGGCUGCCCUGCCGGCUCCUGACUGCAAAACUAUUCUCAGUAACUUGGGCUAUACUUGA